AGAGAACGUUGAAGUACCUGCGUACCGAUUCCUUCCAAAGACAAUUACCCUGGACUUCUUUCUCGUAUUUCCAUACUAACCAACUUGCAACCAUCAUCGUCACAUCGUGCCGACUCGACCGACCAGCAGUCUCGCAUUCCCACAACGCAAUCGAUACUUCUCCCGAUCAAGACGCCCGCCAUUCGGCCACCCACCAUCGCUUUUUUCUGUUGAAUGGGGUGAUACCCGUGACGACUCCGGAUUUCGCGAGCCUCUCGACGUUACGAACCACUUACAUGGGACGUCCCUAUUAGACGAGAGUCGACGCGCAACCUCCCAUCGCGAACCGCCCCCCCCCUAGGCGUGAUCAGUGGCUGCCGCACUCCGACUUUACGCUUGCACUUCAGCCUCUAAAUUCGAGCAUGGCGGCGUCGACGGGAAACCAAGGUUGGGCUCAGUUGCGGCAGCAGGCUCGAAGCCUAGAGUCUCAGACGGAAACGCUAUUCCACACGUACUCGCAAUUCUCCACCGUUUCGAACAUCCCGGCAAAGCCCACUAAGGAGGAGCAAGAAACGGAGGCCAAGCUCGAGGAAGUACUAGACAAGCGGGACAGCGUGGUCAGCCAGCUGGGGCGGCUGCUGGACUCGGAGGCGAGCCUGACGUCGUCGGCGCUGAAGCAGAACAACCUGGCGCUGCUGCGGGAGAAGCUGGCGGAGCACCGGCGCGACCUCGCGCGGCUGCGGUCCGGGCUGCGGGAGGCGCGCGACCGCGCGAACCUGCUGUCCAACGUCCGCGACGACAUCCAGACGUACCGCGCCAACAACCCCGAGGCCGCCGAGGCCGACUACAUGCUCGAGGAGCGCGGCCGCAUCGACAACAGCCACAACAUGGUCGACAGCGUCCUCAGCCAGGCCUACGCCACCAACGAGAGCUUCGCCGUCCAGCGCGAGACCCUCGCCAACAUCAACCGGCGCAUCACCCUGGCCGCCAGCCAGGUCCCCGGCCUCAACAGCCUCAUCGGCAAGAUCUCGACGCGCAAGCGGCGGGACGGCUUCAUCAUGGGGGGCUUCAUCGCGUUCUGCUUCGUCGUCUUUUGGUUCUUCCUGUGAGCGGCGGCGGAACGUCGAUUUGUUUCCUUUGUCGCCACUUUUCGUCUCUCUCUCUCUCUUUUCCUUUUACCUGGCAACCUGGGCGUUAUGGCACAUGGUGGUGAGGAUAUAUCUCGGCUUCUCUACGUCGCAUCAUUAAGGCCUGCGAGGCGUUCCGGUGGGAUUUUCGAAAGGGAGGGGGGGCAGCGACCUAAUCGUAUAUUGUACAAUAUGAGUGGAAGAGCCGGG